AUGAGCGCGAUCAUCGGCGAUCCGCGCUUCCCGCGCACGAAGCGGUUCGACAUGGAGGAGCGUAAGCGUCUCAUCUUCAACGCGAAGCAGCGCAACUUCGGGGUCGACGUCAACGCGCUCGCGGCGCAGAAGGCGGAGAAGCAGCUCGCGGCCGCGCGCGAGGCGGAGUACGACAAGCACCACGCGUCGAUGACGGCGUACUACGACAAGCAGCUCGUGCUGAUGGAGCAAGAGCGCCGAGAGGUGCAAGCGGCGCUCAACAGAAACGUCGCGGAAUUCCGCAAGGAGCAUCAGAAAAAGGAGCAGCGACGCGAGUACGAUCUCAGCGACCCCAACGCGACGCGCAACUCCCUCCCCGCGCGCGUCGGCGACGCCGACGCGCGAAUCGGCGUCUCCUCCGCGCAAGUCUUCGAGGGCGAGGACCUGCGCGCGGGCGAGCGCCGACGCGUCCAGGCGGCGCAGCAACGCGCGUGGUGCGACGCGCAACAAGCCGAGCGCGACGCAGCGACGCUCGCGGAGCAAGAGGCGGAGAUCGCGCACGGCGAGCUCGUGAAGCAGCAGGAGGCGUACCAGAGCGCGGUCGUCGCCGCGCAGGAGGAGGCGCGGCGCGCGUUCGAGAGGGACGUCGCGCGCGAGAACGCGGCGCUCGCGGAGGAGGCGCUCGCGAGGGCGAUCGAAGAGAAGCACGCGUCGGACGCCGCCGCGGAGGCGGAGGCGGAGGCGGUGGCGGUCGACGCGACGCUCGCGGAGGAUCCGAGCGUCGGCGCGACUAACUACCUGAGCGAGACGCGCGUGCGCGCGGACCACUGGAAGGGGAUGCGUCGCGAGGAUCACCUGCGGUACGCGGCGGAGCAGCAGGCGCAGAGGGACGCCAAGGCGACGGCGGCGGAGGAGGAGGCGGCGGCGAAUCGCGCGCACUUCGCGCAGAGCGAGCUGGUGCGGAAGACGCUCGAGCAGCGCGCGGAGCAGGUGGAACAGUUUAAGCUGGAGCAGCGCGCGGCGGUGUUUAACACCGUGCGCGCGCAGAGGGAGGAGAAGCAUCAGAGGGACGCGUCGACGCGGCGGUCGUUCGUCGAGAACAGCAUCGGCCCGGAGUAUUUCGGGUACUUUGGCAACUCGGCUCGGUGACGCCGCGACGGCGACGGAUGCGGUUCUCGCUGUGCUUAGGUCGGCGGCGGCGGGCGCGUCGACGGACGAUGGAUGUACAUAUCACAUCACGCGCGAUAGAUCACGGAGAACCACCGCCGCCUUCGCUUCGCGCGAGGUCGCGAGUCCG